GCGCGCGCGGCUUUCUCUUCUCAAGCCGUUUAACGGUCACUUCAGCUAGUAGUGAAGUGUUUUUCUUUGGUUUCUUUUUCCAAUUUUUAGGAAGAAAAAAACGAAGAGAAAAAAAGAAGGAGAAAGAGAAGAAAAGGAGAGGAACUCAGUCGGAUGAUGGCAGCGAACUGGCUGUUGGGACUUUUGCUGUUUUUCCUUCAGGCUUGCAGUUCCCUAUCAGCUGAUGCUGAAGAGAGGCUGGUGGAUUUUCUCCUCAGUUCAGAUCGCUACAAUAAACUAAUCAGACCGGCGAUCAACAAGAGUCAGCAGGUCACCAUCGGCAUCAAAGUGUCCCUGGCUCAGCUGAUCAGCGUGAACGAGAGGGAACAGAUCAUGACGACUAACGUGUGGCUCACGCAGGAGUGGAAUGACUACAGACUCGUCUGGGACCCGGACAACUACGACGGCAUCCAAAAACUACGAAUCCCCUCCCACCACAUCUGGCUUCCUGAUAUCGUGCUCUACAACAAUGCGGACGGUGUGUAUGAAGUCUCAUUCUACAGCAACGCUAUUGUCUCCAACACCGGCGACAUCUUCUGGCUUCCUCCAGCCAUCUACAGGAGCGCCUGCGCCAUCGAGGUCCGCAACUUUCCCUUUGACCAGCAGAACUGCACGCUGAAGUUCCGCUCGUGGACGUACGACCGCACCGAGCUCGACCUUGUGCUGAUCUCUGACUUCGCUAGCCGUGAUGACUACACGCCCAGUGGUGAGUGGGACAUUGUGUCUUUGCCGGGCCGCAAGAACGAAGACCCAGACGACGCCACCUACAUGGACAUCACGUACCACUUCAUGAUCCGACGCAAGCCGCUGUUCUACACCAUCAACCUCAUCAUCCCGUGCGUUCUCAUCACCUCUCUCGCUGUUCUCGUCUUCUACUUGCCGUCAGACUGCGGUGAGAAAAUUACUCUGUGCAUCUCUGUGCUACUGGCCCUCACCGUCUUCCUCUUACUGAUCUCCAAGAUCGUUCCGCCGACCUCGCUGGCUGUGCCGCUCAUCGGCAAGUACCUCAUGUUCACCAUGGUGCUGGUGACCUUCUCCAUCGUGACGAGUGUAUGUGUGCUUAACGUGCAUCACCGCUCGCCGUCCACACACCACAUGCCUGCCUGGGUGCAGCGCGUCUUCCUGCACCAGCUGCCCGUCUUCCUGCUAAUGCGACGACCAGGUCGCUCCAACAUGCGUGAAAGAUUUCGCAGGAAACACCGGAGCAAGUCGUUCUCUGGUGACACUUUCGCUCUGGGAGCCUGGAGGACAGCAGAGCUGCCUGAGGGCUCAGAGUUUGGGCAGAGGGUCAGAGUCAGGCAUGACUCAGAGGUGGAUGAGGCCAUAGAUGGCGUGCGGUUCAUCGCUGAGCACAUGAAGACCGAGGAUGAUGAUGAAGGGGUCAUUGAGGACUGGAAGUAUGUCGCCAUGGUGAUCGACCGUUUGUUUCUCUGGGUUUUCGUCCUGGUGUGUCUGAUCGGAACGCUCGGCCUCUUCGUCCAGCCGCUAUUCCAGAGCUACAACACACCUGUAGCAAGAGAUGACUAUGACAUUUAAUAAACAGAUGCUGGGUAAACCACAGAAGAUAUCAGAGCACAUAUCAGUCGCAGUGAGACGAAGCAUACUGAAUAAAAGACAGAGAUCCACUACACGAACACACGCUGAUCGGGUGCGAAACAUCCAGCCCCUGCCAAGAUCUGCAGCUAUGUGAAGGUGAUGACUGAUAUCGCUUAAUCAGGGUAUUCAGAACUGUAUUAAUGCACUGUGAAAACUAACAGAGACAUGUUACCACCCUACUGCCUACAAAACUGCCCUUCAGUUCCCCUGGUGUAGUCAGUUUUUGUCAUCACUCGUACUGCAAUAAUCCUAAUUUCCACCAGAAUUGUUCAGAAUUGUUUCUAGGGCCAGGCUAACACUAGCAUAUCUUAAGAAUGUCUACAAUAAAACGAAUAAAAAAUUAACUUACAGUAUUUCAAUUAGGCUAAUUACAAUUUAAAUAUAUACACAUUACUGUGUAUUGUUUGGUAAGGUUCAGGAUUUUACCAGAGGGCAAAAAAUAUAAUGUGUGUUAUAUUUCAGAAAAAUACACUGUGCAAUACGUAUUUAAGAACCUAAUAGCACUUUCUAUGAAGGCAAUUUGUACACUAUAAUGACCUAUGAAUAUGUUAUAAUGCAUUAAUAAGGCAUUCUACACAUUAUUUAUAAAAACAAAUAGCAUUUACACAAGUACUGUUUAUUAAAUCAAUGGCAAUUUUAUAUAAAUUUAGAACACUAAAUUUACAAAAUUUGUAAAGUUUUGUAGUAUGAUUUCUCAAUAUUUCUCUGUUAAAAUGAAUUUAUUAAGGGGACAAAAUGAUAAUAAAAAAUGUAGAGAUUAGUUUAUUUGGUAUUAGUGCUUAUAAUGUGUUAUGAACCCUACAUAUAAUGCAUCGGGUUGACCGUUCAUAAUGCGUAAUAAAGAUAGCCGUAAUGUAUAAUGCAUUUUUCAAAGUAAUUAUGAAUGUAUUCAUAGUUCAUUAUGAACAGGACCUUCAUAGAAAGUAUUACUGAACUUUUCCAAGUGUGUAAAUGGACUAAAGUGCUAUGCAUGCAACGAGCUACGUUUUGCUGUUUCAAUUUGCAUUUAUUUUUUGCAAACGUCAUUAAAAUGCAUUUAAGUCGCAAAAACUGCACUGCACCUCCACUGUACUCCCAGAAUUAAAGCUGCACUAUGCAACUUUUCUGUUCUUGUAGUCAACCUGCUUACCACCUCACAGCUCCAGGUCUCUGCAGCUUUGAACUAUUUCACAAUGUAAUGUUUACAUCUUUCUCAAAACUCACAGAAUCGAUUUUAUAUCUACCUUUAUUUAUUUUCCUUAUUUCUUUUGUAGAAGCGUUGUGUGUGUUCCAACCCUAAAAGAUUAGUUUGCAUGUGAACACAGUGUAUGUAAUUUCUUACUAAGCCUCACACACAUGCAAAAAACCUUUGAAGCAUUUUUAAAUAUCAGCUUACAUAGUUUGCUGAUCUACAGUAUAAAUGAAUUCUUAUUUAGCUUGAAAUGUCACUUUUUAAUUGCCUUAAUGGAGACAAAGUUGCUGUGAAAUAGUUGAGGUUUUUUUUCUAUCACUCUCGAGACAGGAAUAAUGUGAUGAAAAUCAGAUUAU